AUGGAGCCAAGGCAGCCACCGCCUAAUCAUCCUUUCUCACAGCGCAACGCGUCGCCGCUCUUCAGCCGCUCUCCCUUCCCGGCCAGCACGUCGGCUCCUCCCCAGGGCGGCUUUGCUCCCACGUCGCAUCCUCCCUCCGGUCCUCCUCCGCCGCCCAACGGGUCUGCUUACCAAGACCAUCAGAGCCAUCAUCAACGGCGUCCGUCUGACCCACACUUCUUUCCCCAGUCGCGCCCGGCUUACGCCAACGAGCCUGCACCACAUCCGCCACCACAAGGCCACGCGAGACACCCGAGCGCUUCGGGCGUCCAACGAUCGAUGCCGCCUCCAAACUCACCUCCGCAACACAAUAAUGGCCCAAAUACCCAUCAGAUGGGCUACAGUCUGCCCCCUCCGAGACCGCCUCCGGUGUCGGCAAACACCCAAACCGCCUUCGCCAACGGUCGCGAGCUGCCGGCCAUCAACACCAUGACGAGAUCUGGAAGUACAAACAGCAGCAUGUCGAUAUCUUCCAUGCUUGGUGGUCUUGCUCCCGGAAGGGAUCCGAGUGCACCAACUCAAUACCAGCCUCAACAACCGCCUCCCACAAGCGGGUCCAUGUCAGCAGGUCCCAACUACGCCAGUCCAGUUCACGCCUCUCCGCGGAUGCACCCUGGCGAAUAUCAGCAGUACCGCCGACCUCAGACCCCGGAUCAUCAACGACCAUACGACGUGAGGGCUGAUUCGCGAGAUCCCCGGAAUAGUGCCGUGGCCUCCCCGCAAGGCAUGUACCCUACACCCGAGGUUCAACGGUAUGGCACUCCGCAAGAAUACCGUCGAGGACCACCGCCAAUGAACGAGCCGGGCAGGGAACCAGGAAGAAUGCAUCAGGGUCCGCCACGACCUAGUAGUCAGCCAAAACUGUACAACAACAUUCCUCCUGGCCGCCAAAUGGAGCCUGGUCGACCCGGCCCUCCGCCGCACGAUCCCAUGUACUCACGACGCGAAGAGCCUCCGCCCUCGGGCGAGUAUAACCCAGAACGCCCCAUCAGGGUGUCGAACUACGAAGAUGCCAGGUAUAUGGCCGAGCGGGAGCGGAUGGAGCGAGAACAGCACGAGAGGGAGAUGCAGUUCCGCGACCGUCACGAGAGGGAUCGUCAAGAGAUGGAGUUUCGCGACCGCGAGCAGCGUAGAGGGAUGGAGAGACGAAACUACGAGAGGCAAGAGAUGGAGCGUCGGGAACUAGAGCGGCGAGAACGCAAUGGCGAGCUUGGAAGGCCACCUCCCGGGCAUCCAGACUAUGGACAUGGCGGACCAAGGGGUCCCCCAGGGCCUCCGGGGCCUUCCUACGGUCGUCAGCCCGACCCGCGUGAUGAGGGGUGGCAGAGGCAUCAGUACGAACAGUCUAGGCCGUACGAUCCCGCAGGUCAUCCACCUCCCCGUCACCCUGAUUAUCCUCCGUCGACGGGACCGCCAUAUGGACCCCACGCAGGGCCAUACCAAGGACAACACCCAAUGGAUCAUCCUCCACCAACGUCGCAUCCUUCUCAAACCCCCGCUGUGAUGGCUCCAGGCGAGCGAGGUCCGUCACAUCCGCACGCACAACCUUUCGAUUCACCCGAGCGCCAGCGACACGCUGCACCGCAUCACCAUCACCAACAGGGUCCGCCACCCCACCGCAAUCCAGCCGACGAGCAACCGCCACGUCCCUCGGUUGCCUAUUCGGCCGGGCCGGGCGGGCUCAUGUAUGACUCGCCCCGAAACAGACCUCCAGCCUCCGAGGGAUUGACACCUGCGGCGCAGCGGGAUCAGCCAAGGAGCCUUCUCACCGUCCAGGAGAUAAAUAGAAAGGGGCGCUUGUCACCACUGCCCCAGGCGGUGCAAGGGGCCCAGUCACAGAUGCAGGGUCCCGCGGGGGAGCCUGGAAUCAAGAGCGAGUUUGGCAGGAUGUUCUCCGGGAUCGGCAGUGGAGUGGGUUCGCUUUCGAGCCCAGUGGCUGGUGGUGCGCAGUUGCCUUUUAACGCCUCGGGUCUGGCUCGGAAAGACGAUUCGGAUGGAACACCCGUUGAAGACAGGACGGAGGGCAACGGCAACAAGAUGGUUAGGGAAGGGUCUAAAAACAAGCGCCGAUCGAAGGUCAAGGACGAGGAUAUCAUGCGGGCAGUAGAGGAUGGAAGGCAAACCCCUGUAGGAGCCCGCGGUAAGCGACCAAAGACAAACGCCCAUGGUCACCAUCACCAUCAUCACCAUCAUCAUCACCACCACGCCCAUGCUGGAGAUCAGCACGGGCUCGCCGGCAAUACACCAUUCAAAACAGUCAAAGGGGUUGGCAACGUUCCGUCACCAACCCCUGGGCACGUACAUCACCAUCACCAUCAUGCGCCACCGAGGCCGCCACAAGCAAAGACAACGGGAGGUCAAGCACCGGCUAGUCCUGUUGUCAGUGUCAUAUCGAAACCUAAGCAGAUCAUCAGCUCCCAGGCCGUUCUAGAAAGCGUGGCAGAUAAGCCGCGGCGACACAUUGGCGAUGUUCUAUACGAGGUAGCGCUGGAGCCUGCACGCCUACACGACCCCAUAACGGGCCGGCCGCCCAAGGCGCCAUUCAAAUCGACGCCGAAACCGCUACCGUGGAGCUUGAUCAAGGACAAGGAGAACUGCACGCUGACAAUGAAGGUCAGCAAGGCGCAUCUGUUGCCCGAGGCACGCGAGGAGAUCACAGCACGCCGGGCGUUGUGGGGUACAGAUGUCUAUACUGACGACUCGGACGUGGUCGCCGCUUGUAUCCACGGCGGCUGGUUCCGCGGCGAGUGGUCAGAAGACGUCGACGUUGACAUGCUUGGAUUGUAUCCAGAAGAGCCGCCGGCGUCAGGCAGGGGCAAGAAGCAAGCGCAGCAUGUCACGAGCGAGAACCUGCCGACUCCAGACUUUCUUGACGCCCCGCUCAAGACGGGGCCUGUCAACGUCCCACCCAACAAGGACCUCCACGUUACCCUCUUGAUUCUCCCCAAACUGCAGAUGUAUGCAUCGACGGUGCGAUUCGGCAUCAAGAGCAGACAAUGGGGUAGCAUGCCGUCAUAUACGGAGAAUAGGGAGCCGCAAUACGGACGCUGUGCGCCGCACGACGGGCUCAGUUUCAAGAUUCUGAGCAUCCGCUGGGUCACCAACGGGGCCGGGGCCCAGUCCCGCCUGCGAGGCGCGGCUAGGCGUGAGCGCAUGAGCCGUGCACUCCGGGAGGUCGAGCUCAGCACCACGCCAAAGGGCUUUGAGUCGGCGAGCGGAAGCGUGAACGGGAGUCACAAGCGAGCAGGCGCCCACGAGAAUGAUGACGAUUCUCAGUCGAAGAAGCCUCGGGGAUCCAACAAGGACAACGUCUCGGACGAUACCGACGCUCAGGACUUCCCGAUGUCGGAUGUGCGAAACGAACCUCUACCGCAGAGGGUCGGGAUCGAGGCAGCCUAG